CUUCGGCGGUCUUCCUCUCCAACAAGGCCGCUGAGCGUCAUAGGAUGUCUCGCAGCCUCUACAACGAGCGUUCUUCCCAGCAACAGGAGGAGGAAGUGGACGGUCCAGAGCUUGCACGUCUGAUGCGACGCUACUGGCCUCGCGACUUCAACUUCUUCGGCCUCUCGAGUGCGCACUCUUCGGGUGCAGGCAAUAGCCGCCGGUCUCUAUGUGAGUCUACUGGCGGCAGUGGCAGCGAACGACGGUCCUCCGCGAGCUCACAUCCUCAGCGACCUACUGUGCUCAAUCUUCGCUCAGACAUGUCUGACGGUAAGUCCGUCCAUUGCAUUUAG